AUGGUUCGAGUUCAGAAGCUGACUGCUGAGGCUCUGCUGAGCGACCCGAGGCGCAGCCCGGCGGUUCCCAGCAGAGAUGGCACGCAUGCUCUCUAUACAGUCUCGACGCAUAUCCUCGGCGACAAGACUACUCAAGAGCUGCGUGUUGUCAACCUCCAGACGGGAAACUCCAAGCAGAUUUCCAACGACUCUGGGGUCCACGAUGCCAUGUGGAUUCCGACCACAGAGCUCCAUGUCAUCUACCUCCGAUCUGUCGAACAAGGUCGGACACAGGUCAUGGUGGCAUAUGCCGGGGAUGUGUCUGUAGAGCACUACAGGGCGGCAGAGAUCGACGCGCCCGUGUCGAAUCUAAAGCUCAAAGAGCUGAGUAGUGGAAGCAUUGCAUUUGUAGUCACCGGCCUGGUUGGCGAUGCUGGGUUAUAUAAUCAAGAAGUCGCACAGAAAGGGUCUUCAGCAAGAUUACCGAACAGAUGCAGUCUUUGGUACAACGAGCUUGUGCUACACGACGGCUGCUGGGCGCUCCAAGGCCAACUAUACAACUUGAUUGACGAUGUAGAUUUGGAGGCCCCAUCCCGCAUGUAUACCGACAACCCCUGCAACGAGUUUGACAUUUGUGGCGAUGGCAUUGUCUUUUCUUCCAGAAAUCUGAGAGAGCGUGGGCCAGGUGGAAAUCCUGCCACGUCCAUCUAUUUUGCCCGCCUUGACUCCUUCUCCCUGCCUGCGGAGGCGAUGCCCAGGCAGAUAUUCAUACCCACCAGCUUUGAGCCCGCUUCGAUUACAAACGUCAGGUUUUCUCCAGAUGAGUCGGCCGUUGGCUUCCUCUACACGGCGUACGAAGACCACUACAACACCCGGCUAUACCUAGGCUCUGUUGAGUCCCUGGAUGCCUUUGACGUCUUCAACCUUGUUACCUGUGUUGAUGACGAUGACCCGAACCCGCCAAAUGCCUUUGAAUUUGUCGGUGGUUCCGACUCUGUGAUCCUACGAAGCCAUCACUUGGGCCACCAAGCGCUCUCCCAUCUCAUGCUGGAAGACGGAGCUGAGCCAAAGGUCUUCUUCGCCAGCAGCAGCUGUACUGCCUUUUACCCUCUGAAAAAUGGAGACUGGGAUAAUCUCCUGGUGACAUCGUCCAGUUUCAUCGACAGCAGCUUGUGGCAGAUUGUUCGGGUUUCAGAUGCUAGCAUCGUGAGAACCGUAUCCUCGGCAACUAAGAACGGAGCCAAGUUUAGCCUUUCCUCCGGCAUGGUGACAGACUUUUGGUAUGAAGGGGCCAAUGGAUGCUUUAUCCACAGCUGGUUGAUACUGCCAAAGGACUUUGAGGAAAACCAACAGUACCCUUGGGUGCUGGUGCCUCACGGAAGCCCAGCCAUGGCCUGGAGCAACGAGUGGUCAAUGCUGACCAACUUUGCUGCUUGGGCGACGCAGGGAUACGUUGUUGUGCUGCCAAAUAUUACCGGCAGCGGCGGAUAUGGGCUGGAUUUCGUAAGACGAAUCCAAAACAUGAGAGGAGAGAGGCCUUUUCAAGAUCUCCUUGCACUUAUUGAUUACCUGCAGGGUAUUCCAUACAUGGACAACGCAAAGGGUACCAUUGUGGGAAGCAGCAGUUCAGCAUAUCUUGUGAACAAGGUACUGGGGCAUGAAGCUGCCAAGAAGUUUUGCUGUGCAGUCUGGCAAAGCGGAACAAUCGACCCUCCUGUCGCCUUUUCGCCGAAAGAGCCCGUCUUUGACAGUUUCGACAAACUCGACGCGUCUUACCCUUAUCCGGAGCCAAAGACGAUAUACGAGAACGACAUGGCUAGAUCGACUUUCUUCUACGGCUGGAAGAAUGCGCCGCCGACGCUCAUUAUCCACGGUGAGAAGGACAAGCAUUGUUCAAUUACCGAGGCGCUGACUGCAUUCAACUGUCUGCAAGCCCAGAGCGUUCCCAGCCGCCUCUUGACGUUUCCAGACGAAGGAAGCAUUGUCACCAAACCGGAGAAUAUAGUGAUGUGGUACAAUGUCGUCUGGGACUGGGUGAAACGGUGUGUUGACGAGGAUGUUCAAAGAGAAGACAUCUUCUAGCGUCGAGGUCAUGAUAGUUUGGUCGCUACAUUAUAUGCUGGAUUUCCCAUUCAAAUUGGACAAAAAAAAAAAAAGCAAAUAUCAUGCUAUAUGAGAUGGAUGCUGUGGAUACAAAUUCUUCUCAUUCCACUCUUUUGAGGAAUACAAGCCGGACUAGUCGGUUAUUUGUCAUCGUGGACGACAGAACACAGUCUUUUAAUCCCCUUGCUUCUGAUGGAGUCUUUUUUUUUUCAACUCGAAAACCUUGCACCAAUAAAGAAAGUCUGAAUGCUCAUCAUACUUUUACGCCCCGUAAUGCUUUUCUUUAUCUUUGAUGGGGAAAUCGCUCCCCGCGAUACCCUUGUAUUUGUCACGAAUCAUGUCAGAUAUA